AUCCGAUGCACCCUGUGAAGUCAGAAUCAGGGCUAGUGCUCCAUGGUAAGAGGUGGAUUUUCUUGUCGGUCAUAUUUUCCUCUAUUACACUCGAACGACGUGUUUUUUGACGCGUGAAAAAUGGAAUUUACUUGAACAUUGCUAGUUCUUUUUUUUGUGUGAUUGGUGGUUGAUUCGAAGAGGCAGAAAUAUAGCUGAGAAGACGAGGAAGGAGGUGGAACAAGGACGUGGAUGAAGAUUUGACAUUAUCAUUAUUUUUCAAAGAUGAGAACAAUAGACACGAUCAUGAACUCGACUUGCGCCUACUGUACUCUUGAGCCGCCCCCUGACAUUCUUCACAUACCUCCACCACCAUUUCCGGCUGUUCUUCAACAAGGUUCCGAUUUUUAUCCGAGCUCUGAUAUCUUGCCAUUUCCACCGCAUUUAAAUGACAGUCCUUGCAAGCAUUUCUGCGAUCGGCGUUCUGAAGGAGUGCAAUAUGUAGAAAUGCCCCAACAAGGAACUGCGUUCGACGAUACAUGGCUCCUAAUCCUAAUAUCAUCAUGCGUAGGCGUUAUCUUUAUCGGCAUACUGCUCGCCACAUUACUCUUAAAAUGCAAAUUCAACAGGAAUGGAAAGAGCGGGGUGAUGUCCAUGCCGAACUCGGCUUCCAGCAUGCAGACGAAAAACGGUAGGCUGCAGAAUGAAGCGGUGCUGUAUCCCUGCACGGCGGACACCAUGCAAGACAGCCGGGUGAUGUGGGCUACUCUAACUCCACGUGGAACCACUAGACAUUAUCUGGAAGAGCAUACGUACGAGACCGUCGGGAGUGGGCAGUUCCACAAACGUACCUGUACCACACCAACCGAACAUGUAAAACUCAAGACGUAUGCCGAUCCACCGGCUGUCUCUCCAGUGCAGAGUCGCCCAAAGGACGAUAAAGCUUUCGAUAACACCGCAUUCGUGGAUUAUGAAGAACCGUUGUCCAUCAAAACUGAGUAUUAUCAACUCAACGACGUUCUGGAGCCAAGCGAGUCCGGCAUACUUACGAUUCAGAGAGGAACCCUUCGUCCACGCGUAAGCUCUCCGACGAGAAUCGAGCACCCGAACUUGCCACCGUUAAAUCUUCAUCCGCACAAGCGCUCAUCUCGCAGGGGUUCCGGUACGCAGCACACCACGGAUACGCUAUUGCGAAGCAGCAUUGCAUCGUCCACUUAUAUCCCCACCAUAUAAGCAUCCCGUCGCGUACUUUUUGUUACAUUUGGAAAGCUUAUCCAAUAAGCAACGUUAUGUCGUGCACCUUUCGCGUUUGUUACAUUAUCGUAUCUAGUCAUUCUAGCACGUACUGCCUAUAUAAGCGGAAUGAACGACGUGGUCGUGAAAAGUGAUCCUUUUUUAUCGAUUGAUAUAACGUGAUUGUGAUUGUGUAGACUUAAUAGAUGUGGACACACACACGCUCUUAGAGUGACUAAUGUAUGUUACAUUUGCAUCUCAUAUCGAAAUAAAACCGCGUAGUACAGAAAAGAAA